AUGGAGGUGACCCUUAGACGCACCACGGCUCUUGUAGCCCGCAACAACAAUACCCUCUGGCGACCCACAACAUUAGCAGCAGCAGCAACAGCAACGCUUGACGUCUCAAACACAACCAACUCUCGACCUUUCUCCCUCUCAAGUCUCAGCCGCCCACCACCAAACUACCCCGGCCAUGUCCCCCUUACCAGGAUAGAAAAGGCCGCUUUAGCCAUCGGUUCCGGAGUGAUGUCCCUCCGCGAUCCACGACGAGGAGACCUCAUCGCCGCCUUCGCCGAAGCCACCGCAACCCCCUAUUUCAUCUACCGUCUCCGCGACGCCAUGCUCGCCUCCCCCACCGGCCGACGCAUUCUCCGCGACCGACCGCGCAUCACCUCCUCCUCCCUCAACCUCCCCCACCUCCGCUCCCUACCCCCGACCACCGUCGGUGGCACCUACGUAGCCUGGCUCGACCGCGAAGGGGUCUCCCCGGAUACACGCGCACACGUGCGCUACAUCGACGAUCCCGAGUGUGCCUACGUCAUGCAGCGAUACCGGGAAUGUCACGAUUUCUAUCAUGCGCUGACUGGGUUGCCGGUUGUGCGGGAGGGGGAGGUGGCGUUGAAGGCGUUUGAGUUUGCGAAUACGCUGCUGCCGAUGACGGGGUUUAGCGUGUUUGCGGCUGCGACGCUGAAGAGGAGUGAACGUGGGCGGUUCAGGGAGACGUAUCUGCCCUGGGCGCUGAGGAAUGGGCUGCGGGCGCAGGAGGUGAUUAAUGUAUAUUGGGAGGAGCAGUUGGAGAGGGAUGUGGGGGAGUUGAGGCGGGAAUUGGGGGUCGAGCCGCCGCCGGAUUUGAGGAAUAUUCGGAAGAAGGAGAGGGAGGAGCGGAGGAGACAGAAGGAACAGGAGGCGGCCGGGCAAAGUGCUGGAACGGCCGUGUAA